UAUGCAGAGCCUUCUAUCUCACGACCUCAGGGAGCAGGGAGACAGCUUCAGGUGGGGGCAAAUCACAGACGGGUAAAUACCUGAGCUGACUCUCUCUGUGGACUGCCGGUUCAGGUCCCUGAGUAGGCCUGAGAGGUGGAAUGAACCCCAGUUUACAGUGAGGAUGGCCAGGCCUCUGGAGCAGGCGGUGGCUGCCAUCGUGUGCACCUUCCAGGAAUAUUCAGGGCGCUGCGGGGACAAGCACAAGCUCUGUCAGGCAGAGCUCAAGGAGCUGCUGCAGAAGGAGCUGCCCACCUGGACCCCGACCGAGCUGCGAGAGUGUGACUACAACAAGUUCAUGAGUGUUCUGGACACCAACAAGGACUGCGAGGUGGACUUCGUGGAGUACGUGCGCUCCCUCGCCUGUCUCUGCACCUUCUGUCACGACUACUUCAAGGACUGUCCCCCGGACCCCCCCUGCUCCCAGUAGGCUCUGCUCCCCUGGGCAAGGGUCUGCUGGGGCAGGACCUGAUACGCUGGCCGGGCCCACCCACGAGGCUGGGGAAGUGAGGGGACCUGCCCAGGAUCACAGCUAGAAAAGCACAGAGCAGUCAGUUGCUGCCUCCCUUCUGAGGCUGUGACGGGAGGGGCGCGAGGCUGCCCUGCACACGUGAGGCCCUUUUGACUCCUAAUAAAGAACU